AUGGCCAACAUGUUUAGACAGGACACCGCAGUUAUGGAGCGUCAUCCAACUUCCUUCGGCCUCCUUGUCAGCAAAAUCUUUCUUCUACUCCUCGCUGCGCUGCCCCUGGUAGCAUCGGCACAUCUGGAGUCUACUGGCAUCUCGGUGAAGCUCAACGAUGUCGAUUACUAUAUCUCACCUUUCUCUGCUGUCAAUGUCACCGUAGGCCUUGUCCAACUCAAAGAUGUGCCGUCCGUCUUCGGCUUCAAGCCCGUGACCGUGGUGGGCACGCCGACCGUCAAAUCGGAUCUGGCCGCUCUGUUCAAGAACUGGACAUCAACCGACGACGUUUUUAACCAUGGCUUCAUCGGCGCCGUUUUCCUGGCUGGAGCUGAUGCCGUCUCGAAGCAGGCCCUUUUCAACUCGUGCACGUCAGGAUCAGUCGUAUUACCCCUUGACGCAAACCAUGAAAGCACCGUGCCUUCAGGGCCAUACUUCCUCGAGACUGCAACUGGCCGCCUUUUCCCCGUCUACAGGCUCUACGUCGACUUCGCGGAGGCAUUUUCCACGUCCCUACUGCAGCGCCCAGACGGUGGCUUUCAGCCGCUGUCUGCUCAAGUUCAGUCGUCGUCAUCUCUGACCAUCGGUGUGCCCAGCAGACUCUACUACACUCGUACGGCCGACAAGCCGCUUGCGGGUGUGCGAAUAGGAGUCAAGGAUAUUUUCGACCUCAAGGGUGUCAAGCGGUCUAAUGGCAACAGGGCCUGGUACCAGCUGUACCCUGCUGCGGAACAGACGGCACCGGCCAUGCAGAGACUCAUCGACGCCGGUGCUGUCAUGAUCGGCUUGCAAAAGCCGAGCCAGUUCGCCAACGGAGAGAGCCCUACGGCCGACUGGGUUGACUACCACGCGCCGUACAACCCGCGCGGCGACGGCUAUCAGGACCCUAGCUCGUCAUCGUCUGGCGCUGGAGCAUCAGUGGCAAGCUACGACUGGCUUGACAUUGCCGUCGGGUCGGACACGGGUGGCUCCAUCCGUGGGCCUGGCGGCGUGGGCGGCGUUUUCGGGAACCGUCCCAGCCAUGGACUGGUCACGCUCGACGGCGUGAUGCCGCUGUCCCCUUCGCUCGACACUGCCGGUUUCCUACUGCGGGAUCCUCAUCUUUGGGAUGUUGCCAACCAAGUAAUCUAUUCGGGCAACUACACUUCGGUUGCCAAGGCGACCUACCCAAAGCGCAUCCGUACCCUGGGAUUCCCGGCUGCCAACGCCACGGAGCCCUGGGCAGUGCUGAUGAAUGGGUUUGUUCAGAAGCUGGCGAGCUUCAUCGGAAGUGACACCAGUGUCGAACCCAUGGUUCUCAACAAUGAGUGGAUGAGCUCAGGUCCGGUCGAUGCUAAGGGGUCUUCGUUGGAUGACAUGCUGAGGACCACAUACGCUGUAAUCAUCACCAAGCACCAGACGGAGCUAGUACGGGACCCCUUCUACCGGGACUAUGCUGCCGCUUUUGACGGUCGCAAACCUUUUGUGAACCCGGCUCCCCUCGCGCGCUGGGCAUACGGAGACAGCCUGCCAGCGACCGCCCUCUCCGACGCCCUCCGCAACAAAACAAUCUUCAAGGAUUGGUUCAAUGGUUUGGUUCUUCCCCGCGUGUCCGAUGAGGCGCAGUGUACAUCAUCGAUCCUUCUGUAUCCCAGCUCCACCGGCGCCGGUCAGUCGUACCGCAAUCGAUACUCGGGCCCGCCCAGCGUGCCGAUAGCUUUUUCGAGCAGCCGCGUGAGCGUGUUCGCCGAGGUCCCUGACAGCGUCUUCCCUCUGGGGGAAGUGGUUGCAAGAAGCAAUGUUACCGGUCAUGAUGAGAUGUAUCCAGUCAGUAUAGACGUGCUUGUCGCCAAGGGGUGUGAUGGGUUGCUAGCGAGACUGGCAGCGGAUCUGACGGAUGCUGGUGUGCUGAAGGUUCCAAAGACCGGCAGGACCUUGGAGGGGGGCAUCCCUGCCAUGAGGUAG